AUGGCACAAAGUGGAACGAGAAUACCUCAUGGAUUUGAUAUGUCACGGAUUUUGGAGGAUGAUCCAAAUCAAGCAAAUCAAGUUAACAGAAGACACAGGAGGCCCAAUAGUUGUGUAUAUCUGUUCAAGUUUAACAUCACAAUUCUACUGUAUUUUUUGAAGGGAGAGGAGAAAAAGGUGCCUCCUACAUCUAAGGGGUUGCCUUUUCUUGGUCACACCCUGUUAUGGUUCUAUUACAUGGCCAAGCCUGACCCACUUGCAUUUCUUCACAAAUACAUACUUCCGUAUGGUGAAAUAGUUACAUGCAGUCUGUUUGGAAAGCCAACAGUGGUGUCUGUGGAUCCUGAAUUCAACAAGUUUGUUCUGCAAAAUGAAGGAAGAUUGUUUAAAGCAAGUUACUUUAAAUCACUUCAUGAUCUAAUGGGUAUGUAUAGCAUGAUAUCAGUGACAGGAGAUCUGCACAGACAACUCCAUGGAAGUGCUUUUGUUUUGAAUGUGAUGGCCAAGCACUUGCUCAAUGUGUCAGAAGACAUAGAAACAGAUGAGCUGUUUAGCCUCGUGACAGACUUCAUAAAUGGAAUUGUUUCAGUCCCAGUAGAGAUGUUAGGUUGUGCUUAUGCAAAAGGAUUGAGGGCCAGACGGAUUUUGAGUAGCAAGUUUGACAAGCUCAUGGAUGAAAGGAAAAUAAAUCCUCGUGAUGAUUUGUUAUCUAAGCUUGUAAAUGAGGAGAAUCUUCCAAAGGAGAUUGUGACUGAUUUUCUUUUAAUUUUACUCAUUGCAAGCUAUGAGACUGCAUCUAGAACAAUGGAGGAGCAUGAAACAAUCCAAAAACACAAGGGAGAUGAGAAACUUCAGUGGGAAGACUAUAAAAAGAUGAAAUUCACUCAAUAUGUUAUAAAUGAAGCUCUUCGACUGUCAAGCAUAGCUGUGGGGCUUGUAAGAGAAACAACAGAAGACGUUACAGCUAAAGGUGGCUAUGUGAUACCUAAAGGAUGGGGAGUAAUGACAUUUUUCUACGCAGUCCAUAUGAAUGGAAAAUUCUUUAACGAUCCUCUCAAAUUCAAUCCCUGGCAACUACUGUGGAAGAACUAUGAUAUGCUAUUUUCCCCAUUUGGAGGAGGAAGACGGUUAUGUCCAGGAGCUGACUUGGCUAGAAUGAGCAUCUCCUUUUUCCUUCACUACUUUGUAACAAAGUUUAGAUGGGAGUUUGUUAAAGAGGGGAGGAUCACUUUCUUUCCUAUUCCUCACAUAGAAGGUGGUUUGCCCAUUCGUCUGUUUGCCAAAAGCCCAACUUCCCUGGAAUAA